CCUCCCCCACACAACUCAUUGCGCCGUUUGUGUUUUUCUUCUCUCUACGACUUUUGAGAUUUCCGGAGAAGGUUUACAACUGUGGGAAAUUCUUUCUUUCUGGCUUUUGCUUGCUUGAGUAUAUAAUUUGAUGGAAGAUUUGAAGGUUAAGAAGAGGGGCCGUGAUGAAACGGAGGGGCCCGAGUCGGAGAUCGACUCGCCGGAGGUGAAGCGGCUCAGGGAGAAUCUCUUGGAUAGUUUGGAUGAUGAUUCUGAGUUUUGCACUACCACUCAGGACCUUGACUCGUUCAUGAAGAGCUUCGAGGAGGAGAUUACUGCCUCUCCGUCGUCUGCCGCCGACGGAAAUGCCGCCCAGGCGGUGGAGACGGUUUUGGUUUCCGGCGAGUCUCGGCCGGAUCUGGGAUACUUGUUGGAGGCUUCUGAUGACGAGCUUGGGCUUCCGCCGACGGCGUCCUCUCCUGGUGGAGCUGAGAAUGAGUUGAGGGCUGAGUUGGUUCGGGUUGAGUCCGACUCGUCUGACCUCGGAAGCGAGUUUUGGGAGAUCCCGAGUUACGACCCGUUUGGGUUUGGAUGCGGGGAGACGGAGCCCGACUACAGUAGCGGUACCGGUGAAUACGUGGCGUUGGAUGGGUUGUUUGACUAUUCGGAUAUGGGGUUCGGGUCGGGUGACAUUCCAUGGAGACCCGAAACGUUGCCGGCCCAAUAGGACAGAGCCUCUUUUUUGGUUGCCCUUUAGGCAUAGGAUACUGUUGAUACGUUUUCUAUUUAUUUUUUGAACUUUUUCUAUUUGAUACUGAAAUUGAAAAUAUGGUUGAUGAGUACACGUACGCCUAUGGGAAUUGCCUGCGAAUUAUGGCGAAAUUUGAGGAACAAAGCAGCUGCACUGAAUAUUAAAUUUUAAUUAUCUCAUUUACUAAUGAAAGCACGCUU